UGCUUUUGCUGCAAACAGGCUUCCCCCAAAUCUUUAGGCACUGGUCCUGCGUCAGGAGCUCAGCAUUGUGUUCUUGGAAACAGCGUCAGAGAGCAGCUGAGAGAGAGGCUUAACAUUUCAAACGCCUGGCGGUAGGCUGCAAAGUUUCCACCCUGAACACACUAUGGUCAUGUAGCAGCAGCAGCAGGCUGGAGCAGCAGGACACCUCAUCUCAAGGCUUGGUUGUUCAUUAAUUAGUUUGCUAGUAAAGUUGUGGUGGUGCAUAGCCUCUUUGAGCCUCUUUGGAUCACUCUCAAUGCGUCGUUUUGGUUUAUGUCUGAUGGAAGAUAUGGUAUUUCAAUUAGUGCAGAACAGUUGGACUUAUUCAAUCCGUGCGUAAAACAAGAGCACUGUUGUGAUUUAUCACUUCUCCUUGACUUUUUUAACCAGGACAUUUUUUUGCAGACUAUUAAUGUAUUUCUUAAAGUAUAAGCCUGAUUCUAAUUUAAUAAGUAAUGCACGUUUAAUUUGAGUUCCUUUUCCAUCUUUUGCGUAAAAGUCUGCUCAACAUAGUGCACCAAAGUGGGAUUCCGGUUGUUAUCAGUCAUAGAUGUCCUCUCAGCUGGAAGGAGGAGGCCUGCAGCUGGAGACCACAGCAAAACUUCAUCAUGUGCUCAAAUCCGAAGAAGUUGUUGACGUGACCAGUCCUGACGGAUGCAGCUGCAGCAGCAGCCUUGGGGACGGAGGGGAGAAUAAAAAAGUGUCCCUGUCUUCUCCUCCUCCUCCUCCUCCUCCUCCUCCUCCUCCAGAGCGCCAUCAGCAGCAGCAGCAGAAACCGCGCAAGAUGACCCGGAGCCCCAAAUGCGCCCGCUGUCGGAACCACGGCGUCGUGUCGUGUCUGAAAGGCCACAAGCGCUUCUGCCGCUGGAGGGACUGCCGCUGCGCCUGCUGUCUGCUGGUGGUGGAGCGGCAGCGCGUCAUGGCGGCGCAGGUCGCUCUGAGGAGGCAACAAGCUGCGGAGGUGAGGAGAGAGCAUGAGGGGCAGGGUAAGAGGGGGGUCAGGUGUGCAGGUCCGUUGCGGAGGACUGCGUAUCAGCGUUACACGAGAGCAGCCGAACCGAGCAUACUGGCUAAGAGCAUCCUGCAGGGGCUCAAACAGGGGGCGCCGCCGGAGGGCGACACCUCCUGCUGGUCAAAGCAGACACAACGCGACCAAACGCACUUUACGUGUCCUCCCAUCAGCACCCGGAUGAGGAAGAGGCGAGCGUUCGCAGACAAGGAGCUGGAGAACGUGAUGCUGGAGCGCGAGCUGAGGCAGAGAGAGCUGCAAAGCGAUCUUUCCUUCUCCUCCUCCUCUGCCCUCGUCCCCGUGCUUCACCCUCCGCCCCUGCCCGUCUCCCCUAGCCUCCAUUGCUGUCUCCUCAACAAGGACCCCACCGCUGCCGGGGCUUCCAGUUAUGUGCCUGUGUAUAAAUAUAAGCCUCUGUACGAGUGUGACUUCCAGUUCUAUCAGUUCUUCCACCUAAAGAGCAGGUCGUCCGCAGAAGGCGACUAUACUGACUUCUUAUGCCAAAGCUCGGAGCAAACCAGGGAGGACGAGGAGGACAGAGCAGAGCUGACGCCUCUACCAUCACAACAAAGACUCAAACAUCACGGCAGAACCUUGUCAGGCAUAGACCUUGUCAAACCCCCCUCGAAACCAACAGAAAUAAUAGACUCAAAUGGCUUUUCCACCGUCACACGCUCUAUUUUUGGAUCAGAUCAGGGGAUCCCGGGCGGGCCAGAUGUCAGUGCACCCAGUAGGACUUAUGAUCCCAGACCUCUGACAGCUAAGGGCUGGUACGCAGACACUUAUGCCGCCCAGGUGGAUCCUCAUGCCGACUUUGCGAAGAGCCCUCAUGGCAGCUCAGUCAGGACUCCUGCUGUGAGGCCAUUACCUUUCUCUGUGGAGGCUCUGCUCAGGGCCUGACAGCCAAAUGGAAAGCAGUGUAGUGCACUUUGUUUAUGUGCGGACUAAGAACUGAUGUUGAGUGAAUGAAUAUAAAAAUUGCUGGUUGUGUUACAGGUUUUGAAACACUUUACCUGACAAGAGCCGGUUGCUAUAAAGUGUAAUAUUUAUGAACUAUGAAUUUAUCUUUGUAUUUCUUUCUUAUUUUUCACAAAAAUGUAUUGAGCUAUAUAUUAACUGUAAUUAAAAAAUAUAACAUAUAUGUACUUGAUUACUAAUUUUUAUUUUUUAUGCCUACAUUGAGCAUAUUUUGUACAAAUAUACACAAAAAUUGUAAUCCUUUUUUAUACUCCUCUGUCAGCAGUGAGGUCAAGAUAUACUCUCACGUCAAUCAUAUUAUGUUCCCUUUUUCCUGCAAGAAGAAAUAUAAGAUACAUCCAUAAAACAAAGUUGAUGAAAAAGUCAA